AUGUGCGGCAGUCAAGGUCUUGGACUUGCACUCGCGAAACUCGUCGCGCGGAAUGGUUCCCGAGUUUCUAUAGCCAACCGCCAAAGCCCAGACCAAGUAUUCAAAGCCUUUCCCUUCUCCCUCAACACCGCAGAGGAAUCUUCAGCUGCUCUUCAAGUUGCUAGCGAUGCACACAGCAGUCAGGUCCCAGAUGCCGUUUUCGCAUGCGCAGGUGCUGCAAAACCGAUGUACCUUCUCGAAAUGCAGCCAGAGGACCUCUCGCGCGAAAUGGAGAAUGUGUACUGGAUACAGGCAUGGACUGCAUUCGCUGCUGCUAAACGAAUGGUACCCGAGAAUAAGAAGGGGAAGACUGUACUGCUGUCUUCGACACUUGGACAUAUGUCUUUGAUUGGAUAUUCUUCGUAUUCGCCUGCAAAGCAUGCUCUGCGUGGACUGGCUGAUUCGUUACAUUCAGAACUGAUGCUCUAUGGAAUCGAUACUCACAUCUUCUUCCUUCCGACAAUGUAUACACCUGGUUUUGAAGAAGAAAACAAGACGAAGCCGGCUAUUACUAGAGCGAUUGAGUCGGCGGAUGAAGGUCUGACAGUGGAUCAGGCUGCUGCUGGAUUAACGCCCUCCAAAAACUGCAUUUAUGGAACUCAAUUUGUAGCCCUUGCACUCUUCCUGUCGAGUCUCCAGAAAUCAACUAUCGAAGAGCUCCUUGACGAGGACGCCAGUUGUGACACCCUGCUCCUACUGUUCGCAUUGCGUCAAUUUCAUCCUCAUACCAUCCGUAUACGCAUCGUAUUUAUGGUGCUCUCGUUCUCAGAUCUCACCGCCUUCGUCGUGGAUAUCGCGAUUACAUGUUGA